AUGGUUGGUGGUCAACACAGAAAGGGAAGACCACACACCUUCAGAUGUGAAGAGGGUAUACAUUCAUCUACAAGCGAUGAGACGAAGAUGGAGGAAAAAAAAAAAAAAAAAAAAAAAAAAAAAAAAAAUUUUUUUAAUGAUACAAAGAGAACAAACAACUCAGAUGAAAGUACUACCUCCUCUCCCAUGUGUAGUAGCUUCGAUACAGGAAAAUCAGACGACGUUUUAAACAAUAAAGUGAAACAUUAUUAUGUUCAAAAACUACUCACAAAGUCCAUUUCACAUAAACUGCUAGGCUUAAACAAUGCACUUCAUUACGCAUGUGCAAGAGGAAAGAGGAAGCUAGCAAAACAACUAAUCAUUUGUGGAGUACCAAUAAAACUAAUGAAUAAUGAAGGAAGCACAGCUCUUCAUAUGGCUUCCCUAAAUGGACACGAUGAAAUUGUAAAGACCUUAUUAGAAUACAACCCUGAAGUAGAUGUAAUGACAUUUCAUGGUGAAACUCCUCUCAUGUUAGCUGCAUACGGUUUGCACCUCCACGUCAUUAAAACGUUGGUGUCCAGUGGUGCAAAAGUCAUUGUAAAAAACAGCGACAAUGUAACCGUGUUGCAUUGUCUCGUACAAGGACUUCUACGAACACAUACAAUUUACUACGACCAUAAAGCAUAUCACAAUGAGGUAUCAUGUGGUGGUGUUGGAGGAGGACCAUUCAUGAAUGGAGACACUGCGAAAAGCUUCUCUACUACUAACCACAAUCACCAUAUCACUGCACACAUCCCCAUCAUUGAAGACCUACCAACCGAUCUCUUACUUCUUCCAUUUAAAUUAUUACACAGAAUUAAAAAGGCCAUCACGAUACUGAAACUUCUAACCAUGCACUGUCCUUUAUACCUGUAUGAAGUAAAAGAUGUGCAUGGGUUCAAUCCACAUGAGAUGUUGAAGCAUGCUUGGAGGAAAGUUUGUGAGAGACGCAUGUACUUGCUGGCCAACGCCGACUUGAAAUUCUCUUCCUUUAGUCAUCGCCAGAAGAAUAUCGUCUCACAAGGAUGGACACUCAUCACAGCACUCAUCAAUAUGGUACUUUCUAUUUUACGCCCCGAUCGAUCAGUGCUCACCUCCAUCUACGCCACCUUCCUGGGGGGGCAGCGCAUUCCACAGGUGCACACAACCCAGCUGACAGAGGCGUCCACGCCUAGCGACACGCAUGUGAAGCCAACCGACCAGCAGCGAACUGACCAAGAGGCACCUGCCGAGAUGAAGCCAACGGCCCAGGUGGACCCCCCAGGGGAACCCAAAUCUGCCGCCAGCGAAAAGGCGCCGAUCGUCCCCAAAAAAAUGUGGUCCAAAAAGGCCAAGCUGCCACCCCCUCCGAAGAGGCCGCAAUAG